AUGUCUGCAUUAAGAGUUUCUCUUAAGCAUUUGAUACUGGAUGCAACAUAUAGCAAUGGAUUAGACGAUUCAGACCCAAUAGAUUCCAGCAGCAUUAUUCAAUCCUUUUCUGAAACACUCGAGAGACUUUCGGCUACAGGGUUUUUGUAUAACAAUAAGAAUGAAGGUGUGCCUUUGGAACUAUCUUCUUACUAUUUGUUUUUGACAAAUCUUUCCAUAUGUGGCAGCAAUGUAUCCCAUAAUCUUAAUAAUCUAUUGGACAGAUGUGCGGCACUCGAGAAACUGAAAUUUCACGGUGGAACAUUGUUCACUAAUCGAUACAUGACAAACGAGGACUCAAAACAGAAAAAAAGCGUGAAUAAUAUGAGCUUGGAUACUGUGUUCAUUGAGGGAUCUAUUUGUGAAAAAACCGGAUACCUGCUGGUCGAUAUGUCACAUACUUUCUUAAAGACUUUGAAUAUCAGUAAGCUUCGAUAUGGAACAUCAAACCAAGGAAUGUAUCAAGAUGUUGUUAUCAGUCUGACACUCCUGCCUCAAUUAAACGACAAUUCAUUGUCGGAUGAAAAUAACGAAAGAAAAGAAAAGGAGAUGUACUCAGAGUGCCCUAUGAGCUUAGAACUUACUAGGAAAGGGGCCAAUGCCGCACUUGAAUACUAUCAAAACUUUGAGUCGAUAAAAAUCAGUUAA